UGGCGCUCGCUGCCUGUUAAAGCUGGUUAAGCCGGGAUCCGGGGAACACUCACGCUGCAAAGAGAGAAUCAUUCCCGAGGACCGUAGCGAGCUGAUCAGCUGGAAAUGAGAUUUCAGGCUAAGAAACGGAUCUGCGCAGGUAGACCCCUCUCUCUUGCUUCGGGGAACACUUAACCCCUUUAGCCAAAGGAGCCCGCCACUUAAAAGCCAGAACGGACCUCGCCGUCCCACAGAGAUAAGCUAUCACACAUGCGAGAGAGAGAGAGAAACAUGAAAAAGAUUUACAUUGGGAAAACGGCGCUAAAAAACUCCAGAAAUGGUUGUAAGCAUCAGAAGAAGAGCUCUCUGCAGGAGCAGAAGGAGGACCUGCGCAAGCGGCUGUCCUACACCACCCACAAGCUGGAGCUUCUGGAGGCAGAGUUCGACUCCACCCGCCAAUACCUGGAGACUGAGCUGCGCCGGGCCCAGGAGGAGCUGGAGAAGUUCACCGACAAGCUGCGCCGGAUACAGAGUGGCUACUCUGCCCUCCAGAGGAUCAAUCAGGACCUGGAGGAAAAGAUCCACAGGACAUCUCAGCACCAUGACGACGAGAGAAGAGCCCUGAGCAGAGAGAUCAUUGUCCUCAACAACCAUCUCCUUGAGGCCAAGAUUACCAUCGAAAAGCUCCGUGAGGACAACGAUAUGUACAGGAAGGACUGCAACCUGGCUGCCCAGCUGCUCCAGUGCAGCAAAGCCCACCACAGAGCUCUCAAGCUGUCCGAGCUUCCUGCUGACUUCCAGGAGCGUCUGAGCCUUCACAUGGAGUCCCUGCCAAUCUGCCACUCUCCAUAUUCGGACUCCAUUCCCACCACAGUCAUCGCCAAGGUGCUGGAGAAGCCAGAGCCGGGCAGCAGCCUGGCCUCACGCUGCGCCAGCCCGCAGCCCCAGGACCCUGACUUCCUCCCUGCCAGCCCGGGCGACGAGGGCGAGGGUGGAGGCGAGACCCUGACGAGACGGGCGGCGUACCGCUGGUCGGACCUGUACUGCAGCGACACAGCGCUGUACUGCCCGGACGAACGGCCACGCGAGCGGCGUCAGAGCGUGGACCUGCACGGGCAGCAGCAGCAGCACCACCAGCACCAGCACCAGCACCAGCAGGGCCUUCUCUGGGCCCAGAAUUCCACCGAGAGCAACCCCGAGGAUGAUGAGGCCGUCCACGCUGGCUCCUCCCACGAGCACUUUGCCGAGUUCGCCGAGUUCUCCGAGUUCGUGGGCUCGCUGCAGGCCUCCAGCUCAUACUCCAGCUUCAGUGGUGCAUCUGACGAGAAGGGGGCUGGCGCCUCGCCCUCACCCCCGCCGCCGCCCCGCCAGGCCCUCUACGCUGACUGGCGAGACAGCGACUAUGAGCGCAAGAGCAACUCCUCCUAUGAGGACGAUGGCGCUGGCUUUGCUGAGGCGCACGCCUUCCAGCAGGGGGCACUUGGCCACCAGAAUGGUGACCCGGGCCCUGUCUACGCCCGCGCUGCCUCGUCCUGCUUCAGCGAGCCCUACCACUCGCCGCACCGCACACCAUCCCGUGGCGUCAGCUCCCCGCUCCUCUACCGGGAUGUCCCAGAUGAGGAACCCGGCAGCCGCUGGAGGCAGCUGAGUGCCGAGGACAUCAGCGCCUGCUCCUACCGCAGCCCUGGCCGUGUCUCGCCCUACAGCUUCUCUGAGCAGCAUUAUGCCAUCCGGCCAGCCAAGAUCAAGCUGGGCCCACUCUACAGCAGCUUCCAGGAGGGUGGGGAUGUCUACCGCAGCGGUGUGCUGGACCCCUGCUUCGGUGCCCCCAGCCGCAGCCCCAGCCCCAGCCCCAGCCCUGAACGGGACCCGGGGGCCCUCCGGACGCAGGAGGGCGUCCCCAUGUACCUGGCCAAGGAGGACAGCCAGGAGUCGGAGCACAGCCUGCUCUUCCACUCCAGCAGCUCCCGGGACAAGGAGAGCACCUCCGGCAGCGCCAAGAAGGAGUAUGUGGAUGUCAGCCCCAACAGCUCGGCUGAGUCGCUCGCCCACAACUCGCUGGAGGCAGCCGACCUGCCUGAUUACACCAUGGAGCACCGGAGCCCCUCCCCCAUGAACAAGACCCCGCCUCCAUACCAGGUGUUUGGCACCCUGGGGCUGACCCGCAAGGACAGUCUGACCAAGGCGCAGCUCUACGGGACACUGCUGAACUGAAGGCCCCCACUGUGGGGCUUUAGCGUGAUUUUAAUGGUCCAACAGCUGUAGCUUCAUUGGCCUCAAACCCAAAAGGUGGCAGCAGGCAGAGCAAGGCAGGGCUGUCACGUGGCUCAGAGAAGCCGAAAAUGCAACAAAAAGAGGUUUUGGGCCCCGAGACCUUGAAUUUUCCAUCUGAAUAAGUCUGUGAGUCAGAGCGCUUGGUGACUCUCCUUUGGAAAAGGGGAGUUUUGUGUCACUCCUGCCUUUUUUUAGGUACUUGGCAAGACUCACGGCUUUCACUGGACUUGAGGUCAGAUUGAAUUUUUCCAGAGAAGACCUUCCUGUUUCACAAAAAACGCAACACGAGCACAUGUAUAUUCCUCUCAUGUUUCAUUUUGAUAUUAAUUGAUGUUCCUUACUUUUACCUUGGUCUGGCAACAUAAGAAAAUAAUUCUCAUCCACUUCUGGAUAUUCCCAAAGCAAUAACAGAAAAAACAACUGAUUUGGUGAUUGGCAUAUAUUACAGCUGACAUUACAAGCACAUUGACCAUUGACAGACAGCUUUGAAGAUGACUGUUAAACUGAUGGUAUAUUUACGCAUUAUAUAUUCUAAGCAUGCUAACAAACAAGACAUGAAUGGCAGGCACAGGAUCCACCCUGACCCUGCUGUCCUUAAUUGAAUUUUGAGUAUGUGUGUGAUUGCCCUGUUUACCAAUCAGAUCUCCUAAAAAAAAGCAGUUUGCAUUGACCUAGUAACAUGACUGGUCCCUGAUGGUUAACACAGUGGAAGGUUUGACUUGAAGCUUGCACUGCCCAGCCCUUGAAGAGAGGUAGCUGUUCAUGUUGACCUGAGCAGGUGUUUGUUGGUAGAGAGUUUUGUCCAGCCAGUGUCCUCUCUAUGUUCAAUGGCCUGCAUUGUGAAAGGAGGCUGGUCCAAAUUAGCCCCCUUGCCCCCAAAGCUGUUUUCACCACUGCAUUCUCUGAUCCAUGCCAUCUUCAGACUGUACAAUCCUAAACGCACUUAAAGGGCACCUUGGGCUUCUCUCUAGUUUACACUUUAUUACAGUGCCACGUGUAUACAGUACCUGUUUGGAUCUUAAAACUAAUUUCAAAUUUUACCUAAAAAAUGUAUCAGAAUGAACCUCAAGGUUGUUUAGUUGGUAGUAUGGAUGAAAUGGAGAUCCCAAGGCUGACUUUUAAAUGCUUUGCAUGUCCAACUGAAUGGUUGCCCUUGGUUUUCUUUUUUAAGACCACCCUAGGUGCCUUUUAAGGUUCUCUAACCAAGCCACUGUAUUUAAGUCCAGAUCUGAAGCUGUGAUCCAAAGGAGGACUAAGACUAGAUACUGAUGAUGAUGAUAAUUAUGUCACAGGUUAGUGAUUGAGAGAGGAAGAGAGCAAGAGUAGCUGACUUUCCUCUCCUCCAGGGUGUUUGUUGGGUCCAUUAUAUCGGGGCUGUGCCAGAAACUAGACACAGUCAAGAACCAGGGACAGAGGCAAGAAAUCAGAGCCAAAAAUCAAAAAAGAAAGCCAGAAACCAUAAUCAGAGCGAGAAACAAGAAACAGAGCCAGAAUGUUGAAACAGAGUAAUAUAAAAACUAAGCCGGAAACCAGAGGCAGACAUGAAAAUUGGUGCCAACCGCCAUGCAGAAAUGGGAAACAGAGCCAAAGAAAAAAGAAACAGAGCCACACAUCAGAAUCAAAGCUAGAAACCAGAAUUAGAGCCAGAAACCUGAGACAGGCCUUAAAAAGGAUAUGUGAAACACAGAGAGAGUUGGUAGGUUUCCCACAGGAAAGGACACUUUUUGUGCUGUAUAUAUCAACUCAAAAGUACAAUUUUUGAGAUUGGGUCAUUUUAUUGUUCCUUGCUGUGUUAAUGUUCUUUAACUCUGCUCCCUUGGAAACGUUCCAUGUUCCGCUCUACCUCAGACGUGAUCCAGAACUCUCCAUGUAACAACAGGUCUCCUGUUUAUAUCUACAUUAUACUGCAUGACUUCUGUUUUUCUUGUAUGUUUCUCUACUCAAUAAAGAGCGGCGUGCUUACAUUGAGACUG